UAAGGACCAGGCCUCUGCCGCAGGGAACCCCCUCUCUCCCUGAGGUGCUGGCCCGGUUUCCUCUGUAUCCUGAGGGGCAGGUACAGCCCGGAGAUCUCAGGGGCAGACCAGGGCUCAGCCUCAACACCCGUCAGCUCAGGUGGCUCUGCCGCUCCGUGGCCGUGAGCAGACUUUAUCGCGAUCUGUGCCUCAUCUGUGGCAUGCAGGGCACAGUGAGAUAUCCCUCACAGGUCAUUGUGGGGGUUGUUGGCCAAGCGUGGCUUUGUGGGUGUGGUGUUUAGCCCAGAGCCUGCAUACUGGCUGCCCAACUCUGAGCUGGGAUCUGUGGUAGGUCAGGCGUUCCCAUGUGACAUUAAGGCACUUCCUAUUUUGUUGUUGUUAUGGUAAAGUGCAUAAAACACAAAAUUUGCCACCUCGGCAGUUUUUCGCUGCGUGGUCAGUGGUGUGAAACACAAUCACACGCCGGCCGCCCUCCCCACCACCCACCCACCUCUAGAACUUUCUCUGAUUGGUCCCCUGUCCUCGUUCCAUUCUGGUGCCCCCUUCCUGCCACUCUACUGGUCUCUGAAUCUGACGACUCCAGGGCCCCCCUGCAAGUGGACUCCCUGCCGCCACUGCCGUUCACCCUCUGUGGCUGGCUGGCUGUGGCACUGAGCUUAGCAGCGUCCCCGAAGGGCCCUGCUCCUUGUAGCCCGUGUGUGGGAACUUAACUCUUCCUCAAGGCCUCUGUUUUAAACUCCCGUGAUCCAGCACUCACUCAGGAGGCAGAGGCAGGAGGGUCUCUGAACUCGCGGCCAGCCUGGUCUGCAGAGAGCGAGAGAGAGUUCCAGGACAGCCGCACCAGAAUGGCAUGUACGGCCUGCACCAGGACAUGCAUCACUUCAACUCCUUCGACAAGGUGCAAAGCCUACCGCGGCUGCUCAGCCAGGCCGGAGUGCGCACAGGCAUCAUCGGUAAGAAGCACGUGGGUCCGGAGACCGUGUACCCCUUUGACUUCGCCUUCACGGAGGAGAACAGCUCUGUGCUUCAGGUGGGACGGAACAUCACCAGGAUUAAGGAACUGGUCCAGAGAUUUCUGCAGACUCGGGACGGCAGGCCUUUCUUCCUCUACGUGGCUUUCCAUGACCCCCACCGCUGUGGGCACUCCCAGCCCCAGUACGGAACCUUCUGUGAGAAGUUUGGCAAUGGAGAGAGAGGCAUGGGGCGCAUCCCAGACUGGACACCCCAGACCUACGAUCCCCAGGAUGUGGUGGUGCCUUACUUUGUCCCAGACACACCGGCGGCCCGAGCAGACCUAGCCGCCCAGUACACCACCAUCGGCCGGAUGGACCAAGGGGUAGGGUUGGUGCUCCAGGAGCUGCGAGGUGCCGGCGUACUGAAUGACACCCUCAUCAUCUUCACAUCUGACAAUGGGAUCCCCUUCCCCAGUGGCAGGACCAACCUGUACUGGCCUGGUACAGCAGAACCCUUGCUGGUGUCAUCCCCAGAGCACCCACAACGUUGGGGCCAGGUCAGCGAGGCCUACGUGAGCCUUCUAGACCUCACCCCAACCAUCCUGGACUGGUUCUCCAUUCCGUAUCCCAGCUAUGCCAUCUUCGGCUCAAAGACGAUCCAGCUUACAGGCCGAUCCCUGCUGCCAGCGCUGGAGGCGGAGCCCCUGUGGUGGGCCACCGUCUUCGGCAGCCAGAGCCACCACGAGGUCACCAUGUCCUACCCCAUGCGCUCGGUGCAGCACCAGAACUUCCGCCUCAUUCACAACCUCAGUUUCAAGAUGCCAUUUCCCAUCGACCAGGAUUUCUACGUGUCCCCCACCUUCCAGGACCUCCUGAACCGAACCACAGCCGGCCAGCCCACGGGCUGGUAUAAGGACCUCCACCGUUACUACUACCGGGAACGCUGGGAGCUCUACGAUGUCAGCCUCGACCCCCGGGAGACGCAGAACCUGGCCGCCGACCCACGGUUCUCGAAAGUACUGGAGGCGCUGAAAACCCAGCUGGCCAAGUGGCAAUGGGAGACGCAUGACCCCUGGGUGUGCGCCCCCGACGGGGUCCUGGAGGAAAAGCUCACCCCGCAAUGCCGACCCCUUCACAACGAGCUCUGACUGGUCCCCGGGGGCAUCUGCCAGCCCCUUCCUCUACUCGGACGUGAAGGGAGAGAAAAUGGAGGCCGGGCCCACAGUCCCACCCUCCCUCCACACAUCCAUCCAAGGACGGCCCCUCCAUAGUGGUGGGUGGGAUGCCCCUCCUGCCUCUGGGGGGCCGGGGAGGACAUUCAGGCACGCACUCCACCAUGUGGUCGCCGUGUCAGGGAAACGCUGCUGUCCGUCCUCGCGUCUACGUGAACUGACCCAGGAGUUUUAGGGGAUCCUUGGGCAGGGCACAAUCCCAAGUCUGACCUGCGGGUGGAGGGGGUGAGGUCUGGGGGCUUGAAGCCCUCUGGUUUCUGGGACCCGUGGAUGUUUUUAUUUUUUGUUUGUUUUUGUUUUGUUUGGUUUGGUUUUGUUUGGUUUGGUUUUACGAGACAGGGUUUCUCUGUAUUGUUUUGGAAGCUGUCGGUCCAGCCUGGCCUCAAACUCACAGAGAUCCGCCUGCCUCUGCCUCCCGAGUGCUGGGAUUAAAGGUGUGCGCCACCACCACCCGGCUCCCGUGGAUGUUUUUAAGAUCUUCAUUCCGAGAGCAGCCCAGUGAUUCUGUGUGCCACGUGGGCAGCGGGCGGACCACACUGGCGACUUUAACCAACCUUGGUGUGGAGGGAGCCUUUAGGAGGCCCUGGGCUUGCUUUCAUUGUCAAGUACAUGCUUGGCCGGAAAAAUCUCCCUGGUUCUCAGA